CCUUGUGACCGUGGGAAUGUCCCUGCUUUAGAGAGACGUACUCAGCAGUUAUUUGAACUUCCGAUCACUGAAGCCACCGGCGGCGCGGCGGCCAUGUUGCAGACCGGCCGGCAGUACCUAGACUUGGCCGUGUUCUUCGUCUUCUUCUGCGGCUCCGUCUACAGCAAUAAGUAUGUGCUCACCUCGCUCCACUUCACCUACCCGACCAUAUUCCAAGGCUGGCAGACGCUGUUCGGCCUCGUCUUCAUCAAGCUGGUGACGCUGUGCAGCAAGCAGGAGCGGCUCUACGGCCUGGACAAGCCGGGCUUCCUCUCCCUGCUGCCAAACUUCCUCUUCUUCACCGGAUCUGUGGUGGCCGGCUCGAAGGCGCUGGCCGACAUAUCUGUGCCCAUCUUCCUGGCCGUGCAGAAUGUCACCGCAGCGUUGGUGUACAUCCUCGACCACGCGCCGCGCUUCAAAGGCGCUUCAGCCGUGUCCCUGCUGGGCUCAGCCUUCCUGGUCAUCACCGCCGCGCUCAUCGUGCUGCUGGACCUGGACAUGACGUUCAAGGACUCGCCGUACUUCUGGUUGAUGACCCACAUCGUCUGCAGCUCGGUGCAAACUCUCCACGGCCGCGUGGCUGACGCGCGCUACUCGGACAUUGACCGACUCUACUACAGCUACCUGGUCAGUGUCAUCGUACUGGCGCCGUCCAGCCUCUACCUGGAGGAGGCCUUCCUGGUACUCGAUUUCCCCUACAAGAGCCAGGCGGACUUUCUGGCUGGCUGCCUGGUGUCGGGUAUCAGCGCCGUGCUGCUGGCCAUAUUCAGUAUCCACGUACAGGAGGUGCGGUGCGCGGCCAGCGUGCACGGCGCAGCGCGCUCUCUGGCCGCUCUCGGCAGCGUUUUCCUGUUCAGUGACACCAAGAUGGCGCCAGCCGUGGCCAUUCUUGUGGUGAUCAACAUGUGCGCCUCGCUCCUGGUGGCGUGGCUGCCGCGACAGACACUGCAGCUGCCGACCGAGAAGCGGCCGCCGCCGGUCAUUUCAAGGGAUGACGCCGAGCAAGGCAAGCCGCUCAUUGAGGCCAGCGAUGAUGAAAAGUAGGGCUGACAGGCGUCUCUGUGCGCAGAGGCCGGUGCUCAGUGGGACUCUGUGUGGAAUCACGGUAUUGUGUCGCGCUGUUAGUGGGGGUAAGCCGUCACACUGUUGGUUGGUGUCUCGGUCUCGGUAAAAUGUCUGGGUACAGCGCUUCGUUGUGGGCCUUGGCACGGUGCGCGUCUCAAAUGGUGUUGACUGGGGGCUGUGUGCUGUACGGCCUGUCUUCUGGGACCAGUGGUGUCUUCCGUUCUCGAUACCGAGCCAUUCACACGGCCUCGUGUGGCGUGGGUCACAUGUGUCUCAAAUUAGUCGGACAGUAGUAUUUCAGGUGCACUUUUGCAUGUAGAUGUAGUAGUUUUCAACAGCUUAUUCAAAUACUGGUGCGAGUACUUACCC